AUGCAUUGCGACAACAAUGUCCUCGUGAUCCUACGCCCCUCGAAGGGGACUUAUGAUAUGGUCCAGCUUCCCGAGGAACCUUGCGGUGCAAGAAGCGGGCUCUCGCUGCCCAAAGAUUCCGUCAUAGCAAGCUAUGAGAGAGGGGUACAUUAUGUGGCGACUAACAAUUCACAGCUUCGAGUUUGGAUGCUAAACGAAUUGACCGGUGGACAGCUAGGUUGGACACUGUCGCACGACACCAACCUCAACCUGCAUGGCGAUAUGAUUCGCACUCUUAAAAUAAAACCAAAGGUGACAUGGAGGAUUGUUGGAAGCAGAGGUGGUCCAGUCAGCUUGACCGACGAAGACGUUGAUGACGACUGGGCCAGAUCAUAUGACUCUGAACAUUCCUGGAACUCGGAUGAGGACAACUUCAUCGACAUGAUUGGAGGCGCCGACCGCGACCAGUCGGUAGAACGAGGUGCCUAUUGCAGUAUCAUGGGAUUUCAUCCGCACAAGAAUGCACUCAUCCUCAUUCUUAGCAGCGCGGUGGUAGUGUACCAUCUCGACACGUCAAGGAUGCAAUAUCUAGGAGAUGCGGAUGAGCUCGAUAAAGACCACACACAAGUAGCUUGUUGUGUCGAUGAUUCGUUCAUUUACCGACCUUGCUAUAAGGAUAUGCUCCCAACAGGGAAAUUAUGCAUGCCACCUUAA